GGAUUGCACUGCAUUUUCUGUCUUAUAAUUUAUUUGUUUAUUUGGCUGAUUUUCGAAAUUAGGCUAGUGUGUACCUGUGAAACAUGUUUCAAACUGAUAUUUUGUCGUCAAUCCUUUAACAAUAUAUACAGUCAUUCACAACAAAAGACUAACAAUGGAGCCUGCAACAUCCAGGCCAGGAUUUGAGCAAUUGAAUUCAGACUUCUUAUACGGCUGGGAUUUAUUAUUCAAAACUGUAGAAGGGAAAAUUGAUAAAAAGUCAGAUAUUCUAAUAGUGCUUGUUCAUUUUCUGCUGACUAAGCAUUACAAAUUCCGUUGCGUUGGUAUUGGAGAUGACAAAACUCUUCCCGAAGACGAGGUCGGUACCGAAUUACUGCCAGAUCACUGGAAUGGCGAUAAUACAAAGUACUCAUUGAGAUAUGUGCAUAAUAAAGUGCUCUAUCUGCUGCUCGGUCAUAUUACCGAAGAUGCUUUGAUUGUCAAUCUAUUGGAUAUUAAUACUAAGACUGUGUCCAAUAUAUGCAUUACACCCGAAACUUUGGUUGAUCACGUCAAAGGUGGCAUAACAAAAAUUAUGCCAACUGUAACGGAUAUUGUUGAACGUUUUCGCAAGGAGCUGUGUGAUCCGGUAUUCACUGGAAAUUCACGAGAGGCAACAACACAAACACAGAUCACCAAUCAAACAACACCGGCAUCAACAGCAGAUCCUUUGCGCAUUGGUGAGCCUAGACGUCCGGGUUCGUAUAUGCCGCAUGGUUUUGAGCCGCGGCCAUUUGGUUUCCCAGAUAUUGGUCGCGGAGAUUUGGAUCCAUUGGGUAGGGGCUCUGGUAAUUUAUAUCCGUUUCCCGGAAAUCCGGGCUUGGCACGCUUUGAUCCGAUCAAUCCAUGGAAUCCUCGUAACCCUGGUGCAAUGGGUCCAAAUCCAGAUCAUAUGCGUCCGCCAAAUUGGAAUCCCGAUUACUACAUGUGAAAUUAUAUAUCUAUAUAUAUAUGUAAAAUAUAUAUAACCGACCCAUUGAAAUGUUCGGCCUAUUAAAUCACUAGU